UCGUCAUCGGCGCAGUUUUCCUCUUGUGCGCUUUCUUGUUUCGAACGUGAAAAGAUUGAGAGAUUGCUCCCUAGAUACCUGUAGUCGGUUGACCAAAACGGACUUAUCAGACUAAGGGUAAAUAGUGGAGAAAGUAACGGGAAUACUAUCGAAAAGGUAUCCGAAGGAAGUUAUUUAUCCUUAAAUGCCUUUAUUUUUGUAACGUUAGUGUAACCAUGCACUGUUUGAAAAUAUUACGUGUGACCAACACAGCAGCUGUUGAAACUUUGAAAGACACGACUAAAAUAGUUUUUAAAAAGGUUUGUUAUAACGGUUUAUUACCGUGUUGUCGUCGUAAUGUUAAAGUUCAACCGGCACAAUAUUUCAACACAAGCUCAACAGAUCAGCACCGCAUCGGAACAACCUCUGACAUGGACCACGUGCUUUCCAAACUGAGCAGUGGGAAGGGUCUCUUCUCGGAGGUAGAAGAUAUGCUCUUCUACAUCAUCACAGAGGGUCAGAAACAAGUCCCCGUCUCACACUUUAUCUCUGUGAGCCCUCAAGAGGACUGGUCUUAUUGUAUCCGACCCGCGACUGAAGGACUGUAUGGAUAAACUGCAACACUCCGUAUCGGAAUCCUGUCAUGACGUCAUGAUGGACCGGGAACUCUUCCACAAGUGUGUAGGUGGGAACAUAGUGCUUCUGAUCCAGGCCUUCAGAAAGAAGUUCAUCAUCCCUGAGUUUGAAUCCUUCGUUUCAAAAAUAGAUCAAAUCUACGACACCGUUCAGAAAAACCACAACGGACAUGUAGCAGUCUACAUUCCUCACCUGGCCAAGUUCAGUCCUGAUCUCUGGGGUGUGUCCCUGUGUACAGUGGAUGGACAGAGGUAGGUACAACCUCCCUGUGUACAGUGGAUGAACAGAGGUAAGUACAACCUCCCUGUGUACAGUGGAUGAACAGAGGUAGGUACAACCUCCCUGUGUACAGUGGACGGACAGAGGUAGGUACAACCUCCCUGUGUACAGUGGACGGGCAGAGGUGGGUACAACCUCCCUGUGUGUCUAUAUAUCUGGAUGAUUGAUAACUGAAUGUGAAAUAGUGACUCGUACUACUGACACCUUUUCAUCUGGUCCUCUCUCUUUCUUCAUCUGGUCCUCUCUCUUUCUUCAUCUGGUCCUCUCUCUCUCUCUCUCUCUCUGUCUCUUUCUUUCUUCCUCUGUUUCUCUGGUCCUGUUUCUCUGGUCCUCUCUGUCUUUCUUCCUUUAUUUCCUCUUUACUAAAGGCCUUUUCCCUCUGUCUCUCCCUCCUCUCCCCCCAGACACUCAGUAGGGGACACUAAGCAGCCCUUCUGUCUCCAGUCGUGUGUGAAGCCACUGGAGUAUGCUGUGGCCAUCCACGAGGCUGGGACAGAGAAGGUACACCGCUAUGUGGGGAUGGAGCCCAGCGGACUCAAAUUCAACAAGCUCUACCUGGAUGAGGAAGGUGGACAAACCCCACAACCCCAUGGUGAAUGCUGGAGCCAUUGUGAUUAGCUCUCUUAUCAAGCCCGGUUCAAAUAAGGCAGAGAAGUUUGACUAUAUGAUGGAGUUCAUUAAGAAGAUGGCCGGUCAAGAGUACGUGGGGUUCAGCAAUGCCACGUUCCAGUCGGAAAAAGAAACAGGCGACAGAAAUUUUGCAAUUGGGUACUACCUCAAAGAGAAGAAGUGUUUUCCCACUGGGGCAGAAAUGAUUGACGCGCUGGACUUCUAUUUCCAGCUGUGUUCCAUAGAGGUGACUUGUGAGUCUGGAAGUGUCAUGGCGGCAACGCUGGCCCACGGGGGGAUCUGCCCAAUCACCGGCGAGCGCGUCCUGAGUGCCGAGGCUGUAAGGAACACCCUGAGUCUAAUGCACUCUUGCGGCAUGUACGACUUCUCUGGACAGAUGGCCUUCCAUGUGGGCUUGCCUGCUAAGUCUGGGGUGUCAGGAGCAGUUCUGUUGGUGGUUCCUAACGUCAUGGGAGUGAUGUGUUGGUCUCCUCCGUUAGACAGAGUUGGAAACAGUGUCCGAGGAAUACACUUCUGCCAGGAGCUGGUGUCUUCGUUUAACUUCCACAACUAUGACAACCUGAGACACUUGGUCAAGAAACAGGACCCUCGAAGGCAGGACGGGGAUGAUAGGAACAAGUCUGUGGUGAGCCUGAUGUUUGCAGCCUACAGUGGAGAUGUGUCAGCCCUCAGAAGGUUUGCUCUGUCAUUGAUGGACAUGGAGCUGAAGGACUAUGACUCUAGGACCGCGCUACACGUGGCUGCUGGUGAGGGCCAUGUGGAUGUGGUACGGUUCUUAACAGACGCCUGCAAAGUGAACCCCUUUGUGAAAGACCGGUGGGGCAACAUUCCUCUGGAUGAUGCCAUGCAGUUUGGCCACAGUGCUGUGGUGAAGGUCCUACAGGAUUACCAGGUGGCCUGCCAGGAACAGGAGAGACUCCCAGUGGCUGAUACCAUACCCAUAGCCCCCAAACUAGAGACUGUAGAAGGCAUGGUGUGAUCAUGGGCCGUAUGUGUCAAGCGUCUCCCAUUAGGAGUGCUGAUCUAAGAUCAAUUUUUGCGUAAUGAAACCGAUUAUUAUAGACGGGGAGAACAGUGAUUCUAGAUCAACACCCCACCUUGAUAAAUGUGCCCAGGACCAUCAGGAUCUAUUAAUUAGGCCCCAAACAGAAGAAAACGGAUUGAAACAUGGAGAGACUUUCUCAAGUUGUCCAAUUAAAAAAAAACAUGAAUUUUCA